UCCUCCCCGUCCAGCAUCAGUCUCUCCUCUAGCUGGCGGGAGGUGGCGUGAGCGCCGGGGAACUCUGUGUUCAGCGGCACAAAACGGCGAACGCAACGCAACGCAACGCAACGCAACUCAACGUUACGGGGCAUUUUUGGAACCGACUUUUUCUUUCUUCGUUUUCCUUUUUGGGUGUCAGGUCGUCAGCAAUGAAGUGGUCAAACAGUCGUCCCCCCAGAGUGGGUAGAAACCCCUUCGUCCACAAGCUGAAAUUCACCUUGACAGAGAAGAUAAGGAUAGGACUGAUGUCGGUUACAGUGUUUCCCGUGCGGCUGCUGCUGGUGUCCUUCCUCAUGUUGCUGGCGUGGCCCUUCGCCUUCACAGCCUCCCUGGGACGUUCUGAGUUUGCCAUUGAGCCACAAUCAUGGUGGAGGAGGUUUAUAGACCUGUGUUUACGAGUGAUUAUGCGAGCCAUGUGGUUUUGCGGAGGUUUCCACUGGAUCAAAGUGAAAGGGGAACGGGCAGCACCUUCUGAAGUUCCCAUCCUCACUGUAGCACCACACUCCACCUACUUUGAUGCCAUCCCAGUCACCAUGACCAUGUGCUCCAUAGUCACGAAACUGGAAAGCAGGAGCAUUCCCGUCUGGGGAACUCUGAUCAGCUACAUCCGGCCAGUGUUUGUGUUUCGGACAGACCAGGACUCCAGAAAAAAAACUGUAGAGGAAAUUAAGCGGAGAGCACAAUCUGGAGGGGAGUGGCCUCAGAUCAUGAUAUUUCCAGAGGGGACAUGCACCAACAGGUCGGGUCUCAUCUUAUUCAAGGCUGGUGCUUUCAUACCAGGACUUCCAGUGCAACCAGUGGUGCUACGCUACCCAAAUAAACUGGAUACUGUUACAUGGACGUGGCAAGGUCCCGGAGCGUUCAAGAUCCUAUGGCUCACUCUGUGCCAACCUCAUAAUCCCAUGGAGAUCGAGUAUUUGCCUAUUUACACUCCAUCAGAUGAGGAGAAGGAAAACCCUGCCCUGUUUGCCAAUAACGUCAGAAAGCUCAUGGCCAAGGCUUUGGAGCUGCCACUCACAGACCUGUCCUUUGAUGACCGUGAGAUCAGCCUAUCACAGGGCCCACUGUGCAUUUAUGACUACAGCAGCCUGCUGGAGUUUAACCAGCUGGUGUGCCGCUUAGGGCUGAGAGCAGGAACCAGAGACAAGGUGCUCGAGGAGCAGGCCAAGAGAGCCAGAAAGCUGCAGGGAGACAGGCUGGGUUUAGAGGACUUUGCCCAGUUCCUCAACCUGCCAGUUACAGACACACUUUCACAAGUCCACAGCCUCUUUGACCAGCAUGGAGAUGGACAGAUAGACAUCAGACACUUUGUCAUUGCCCUGUCUACUGUUCAUCGACCAUCAAAGUCAAUGGAGACCCUCAGACUGGCCUUCAAGAUGUAUGAGAGUGAGGAGAACGGGGAUAUCCUAGAGGAGGACCUUGCCAACAUCUUGGAAGUAAUGCUGGGAGUGGAUGAGGUGGAACUUUCAGGUCUGUUUUUAGAGCUUGACAGACCUGACACAGAGAAGAUCACAUAUGAUGAACUUCAUCAUUUUAUAGAGCAGCAUCCAUACUUCGUCCAGGACUGCCUCGAUUUUAAAGACCAUCCUCGCAAAUUCUGCCUUGGCCGACCUAAGAGCUGCAAUGGCCAGAACAACGACAAAGAUGACUGAACGGUCGACAUGAGAUAUCCAACCACUCACAUUUACCUUCUAUCUGACAAAACAGCAUUUCCAGAUGCUGCAGCUUGCCUACCACCUCUGUGCCUUUAUGUGCAGUUAGGGAAAGAAUUGAAAGAGAAUAACAAAGGUGUAAGGAAGUGUAGAGAUGGAUCAAUGCAGCACAGGUGAUAGAUGAAAGUUUCUACUCCAUCACUUAUUUCAGUUCUCUUCUGAACUUUUUUUUUUUUUUUUUUGCUUUCCUUUGUUUUUAGUCUUCAUUAUGAUAUAGAGAAACAUGUUUUUUUAUGCUCUGUGAAUACAUAAUUUAUUUUAAAUUUAUUUUCUUAUGUAUGAAGUACAGAUAUUAAAGAAAUUAGCUGAUAAAAGGAGGGGUAAUUUUAGCCCUGUUGUUGACUUGUUGAAGGUUAGCACUUGUUGAUCUCAGGCAAAUACACACUAUUAUGAAGCGCACAUUUCUCUCUCUUGCUACUCCUCCUCUACAUACAUACACGGAAACACUGAAACUUACCUUCGGUCAAAAGGAUCAGAAUAUACAGGACAUAAUGCUGCCAUUCAAUGAUGAUGUUGGGAUGUUAUCGCACCAAACCACAUUAUGUAACAUAAAAUGCCACAGGCAAAAGCAGCCGAAGUUAGCCAAUGAAUCCAGAGAAAUUUCUCCUUAAUUUAAGCAGCUAUCUCACUGCCAUAGAAAUACAGCCCAAGAAACCUCGUGAGAAAUUAAGUUUGGACAGGGAUGAUUGAUGAGGAUCAUGGCCCAUAUUUAUCAAGUGUUUCAGAAUCCCCCCCCAAUGAAUCGCCCUGGAAGUUAACCUGGAACUAAAGCUAGAGCUGACAAUUAUUGAUGAAGCCUUCCAAACUGAUUUUCAACGAGAGGAAAUACGAAGAGUUUGACUUUGCUGAUUUACUACAUUCUCGGCUGCAAGUAUUAUUUAAUAGUAGCAUUUUUUUUAUGUAUGUGGGCAAAUAAUAUAGAUGACUAAGAUAUGUAGGUUAUAUGCAAAACUAUGAUAUCAAAAUAAAUAAAAGGGUUAAAUCUUAUAAUAUUUACUGAUAAUCUAUUUGCAUUAGAAUGCUUCAACUAUUGUUUGUGACGGACCCCAAUCAUGACUAUUCCAAAGCUGCACUUUCCCUGUUGCAGGGAGGUUUUAGGACCUCAGUUUUGAAAAAUGUCAGUCAGGUCCCUAUCAAAUGGCAGCUUCUAACAGGUAAACACACCUCUGGAGCUCUCCUGAUUAAAGGCUGAGAUAGGAGUCAUUCCAUGGGUUAAGACAGUUCAGAAGAGGCUUUUACUCAGUCCUAAAAGUAGAACUGAAGACGCAUCACAAUUUUUGGCCGUUUAUUAGUUAUUUCCUACCCUGAAGGGCUUGAUAAAUACAGGCCCAGGACUGACACUUCAGGGCAGUUGCUGCCUUCUGAAUUUUGAUUGGUGUUUUUAUCCAACUGCAUUUCUUUUACUGGUAGUUUGAGAAAUAAUAUGACUACAUUUUUUGCAAAAUUUUAAAUUCAGUACUGCUUUCCAAAAAUAGUAUUUCUCCUGCUCUCCUGUAUUUCUCUACUGGUUGAAAUAUGAAUCUCAGAUGGUUUAUGCUGGACUGAUGCAUUCUAUACCAUAUUUCUGCAAUGUUCCUCUAAUGUUUAUGUCACAAUAGGGGUCUUGAAUGCAGAAAUCAAAGCUAUUUGCUUUUAUUUAAAAAA